AGACUGCUAACACUGUAAAUUGUUGACAGCAGCUAAGUCCGCUGCCCCUGAGGAGACAGUCCCUGCCUGGCUGUGUGAUACCUACCGGAGGGAAUAAUGGGUCUGCUUUCCCUCCUUAGAAAACUUAAGUCUGCUCCAGACCAGGAGUUGCGCCUUCUUCUGCUUGGUCUGGACAAUGCAGGGAAAACAACAUUGCUUAAGAAAUUAGCUUCAGAGGACAUAACUCAGACAACACCCACUCAGGGAUUCAACAUCAAGUCUGUCCAGUCUGAUGGUUUCAAGCUGAACGUAUGGGAUAUUGGUGGUCAGCGGAAAAUUCGUCCCUAUUGGAGGAAUUAUUUUGAGAAUACUGAUGUCUUGAUAUAUGUCAUUGACAGUGGUGACCGAAAACGUUUUGAGGAAACAGGUCAAGAACUUGGAGAAAUUCUUAGUGAAGAAAAGUUAGCUGGUGUCCCUGUCUUGAUAUUUGCAAAUAAGCAAGAUCUCUUCAAUGCUGCUCCAGCUUCUGAGAUAGCUGAGGGCCUUCAGCUGCAUACCAUCCGGGACCGUACAUGGCAGAUUCAAGCCUGCUCAGCCACUUCUGGCGAGGGAGUCAAGGAUGGACUUGACUGGGUUUGUAAAAAUCUGAAGAAAAAGUAAACAUCUAGUCAAUAGGAUGUUCACCGUACUAUAUUCCGUCCAUUGCCUGUGUCAUUCAUAGAGGGAAGUUGUGUUUGUGGCUUCAGGCAGCAUCAGGAUCAAAGAUAGUGCUAAUAUUCUGCAAGUCUUGAUCAAAUCAGAAAACAUUCUAG